AUGAAGUGGGGGAGAGGCUCAGCAAAACCUUUUAUUGACAUCACACAGCUGACUGUGGAUACAAUCAAAUUCACCCUCCACAAUUCAGAUGUGACUCUAGCCAAUGCUCUGCGACGUAUUAUGCUUUCUGAGAUCCCAUGUUUGGCUAUAGAGAUAGUUACAGUACUUGAAAAUGACACUCCCUUGCACGAUGAAUACAUAGCGCAUAGGUUAGGACUUUUGCCCAUAGAUUCCACCAGAAUAUCUGAAUUUGAAUACCGGGACAAGUGCUCGUGCAGUGACAAGUGUUCAAAAUGCACUGUGGAUUAUAAUCUACAGGUCACAUGCACCGAACCUUUCCGAACUGUGACCCAUUUGGAUAUAAUCCCGGACGAAUACGACACUCCUUUGCCUCUGCCACGUAGCGGAGACGGAAUACCUAUUGUAAAAAUUAGAAGAGACCAAAGCAUUCACUUGAAGCUCACGGCAACCAAGGGAAUAGGCAAGCUACAUGCCAAAUGGGUAGUUGCAAACGUAGCCUACCAAAUUGAACCUCUAUUCAAAAUCAAUUCGGAAAUGAUGGGAAGGACUACCCAGCAGGAUCGAGCUACAAUUGCUUCAUCAUGCCCCAGGGGAAUUCUUGUGUCUGAAGAUGAUAACUACGGGGGCACAAUAAGGGUGACUAAUUCAUUGGAAUGCAUAUACUGUGAUUCCUGUAUUAACACAUGCAAGGACCUCGGUUUUAAGGGUCUCAUUCGCAUUGAACCUGACGAGACCAAAUUUCAUUUCUCAGUGGAGUCCACUGGAGCUAUCGCACCUGAGAAGAUUGUGGAAAUGGCACUGGGGUUUUUGGAGGAUAAAAUAAAGCAGUUACAUCAAAGUGUGACUGAAACACAGAGUAGGGUUUUGGGCGUCUCUUCAACAACAGCAAUUGCAUCCAAUAUUUGGAGAGGUAAUGAUCAGGCGCCGCCUAACUAUGCUUUAGACCUCGACUAA